AUGGACACUACGACAUUGUUCACUACACUCUCACCGCAGCUACAGGCACUUGUGGAAGCUUCAUUAGGAACAAAAUUACCUACAACGUGUACAAAACAUCCAAUUCAUGUAGAGCCUACUAUACAGGAAGAUGGCAACUCUUUAUCAUGCACUACCGAGGUGAAGAAGAUGCAGGAGAUAGAAAAUGUUUCCAACUUGGAUCCAUCAGACCUCUUUGCGUUAAAACAUCCCGAAUCGCCUGGAUUUAUCGUGAAAAAGGAAUUUCUUGGACGACAGCACGCUUUGGCAGUAAGUGAUGCACUUAAGGACCUUGCACCGAAUCAAACGUUCUAUGAGGCAAAGGUUGGCAUUGGAGAUAAUGCACGCAAUGACCAAACAGUCCGUGGAGACAAGAUUCUUUGGAUUCAAACGCCAAGUGACUUGGAUCUAUCAAAUGGCGACAAAAGGACUAGCCAUGCUAUUCUGUACUUACGAAGACAGGUGGAGUCUCUGGUGUAUGGACUCAAGAAGGUUUCGCCUGACAUGGGUCUGCAAAAUAUCGUGUCCAUGCAAUUAGCGAUAUUUUCAGGCAAUGGUUCUCGGUUUGUCAAACAUUGUGACACAAACUUGAACGCGCUAAGAGAAGAAGACGGUGUGAAAUCUAAAAAUGGACUUGUUCGUUUGAUCACGUGUGUGUACUACUUGAAUGAUCAGUGGGAACCUGAGCAUGGUGGUCAUCUCCGCGUCCAUUUGAAAGAGUCCAAAGUAUUGCCAUCUUGUCGAUGGGAUAUCCCACCGAAGCUUGAUACGUUAGUAGUGUUCCGGAGCCUUGAUGUUGAACACGAGGUGUUGCCGACGUAUCGCGAGCGCAAGGCUUUGACAAUAUGGUAUUACGGAAAACCACCCCUAGGUUUGCCUUGUCAAGUAAAAAGCUCAAAAGCUGACGGGAGAUCCGUGCCACAGCCACCUUUUUUGGCCACAGAUAAUCGACCUGACCAUGCAAAGCAUGCUUCCAUUUUUGUCGCGAUCCCAAGCUAUCGUGACUCGGAAUGUAGACACACUGUCGACAACUUACUUGCACAAGCAACAUUUUCAGACCGAGUGUUUGUUGGUAUUUGCUUACAAACAGACAGCAGCGAUAAUGCUCAGUCGUAUCUGCAGAGCAAAUACUCUCCGAGCAAGAUCCGUGUGCACUGGAUGGAUUAUCGAGAGGCUGCGGGUCCAUGUGUGGCUCGGGCUCAAGCGCAGAAGCUAUGGCAGGGUGAAGAAUUCUACCUCCAGAUCGACAGUCACAUGCGUUUUCGUCCUGGGUGGGAUUGCUUUCUGAUCAAUGAGCUAGAGAAGUGUUUUAUGGCAAAGCCUAUUCUGACGACGUAUCCACUUGGCUACACGUUGCCUAAUGAGAUUUCGACAGAUUCUCGUCCCACACUGUUGUGCGCUUCCUCGUUUGACAAGCUUGGUAUGCUGCGCCAAACCAGCAAGCUUCUUGCGAAAGCGUUAACAGAACCACUGCCAUCGCUCUUUUGGGCCGCUGGUUUUGCCUUUUCGUCGUCUAAGGUGAUUGCAGAAGUACCUUAUGACGAUGAAUUACGGUUUUUAUUCUUCGGAGAAGAAUCUUCCAUGGCUGCGCGACUCUGGACAUCAGGGUGGAAUUUUUUUGCUCCAUCAGAAACAGUGGCUUAUCAUCUUUGGACACGAUCGUAUCGUCCUGUUUUUCAAGAGUUGGAAACGGAGGAAACCCAACGGUGCCGGAAUGCAUCAAUUCAGUGCGUUAAACGUUUGCUGCGUUUCAACAAGAAUAGCGAGAACGAAGAGGGUCAGAGCAAGCAUACAUUGGGGUCCGAGCGAAGCUUUGAUAGUUACCAGAAGCACAUUGGUGUAGAUUUUGCCACUGGAAACAUUGAGUGGUGGGCCGAAUGGGGAAAUAUUGACCCGAUCCGAUUUGAACUCAAGACUAAGACUGAGAAGCUGCUAACUCCUGUGUAA